UUUAGUUAUUCUAGACGAACGGAACAAGGAGCCUUCAUCAAGAUGCAAGACAACCAAAGCAGUGGACAGUAUGACGUCAAUGAUGCAACGCUGAAGUUUGUCAGACGGAAAGACGACAUAACUCUAGAUGAUGACCUCAACAUUCUGAGAGUAGAAAUGUCUUGUGGCCACGCUGUGUCCCCGGAAUCGCUGACGGCUUGGUGUCGCAGUUUGUUGGACCAGGGUCAGUAUAAAUUUUGCUGUCCAGCAAUCACGCACGGGACAGAAAAAUGUAACGCGGAAUGGCCGUACCUGGAGGUCAGGAAACUGGCAGUGCUGAGUGAUUCAGAGCAGGCUCAUUUCGAGGAGAAUAUGGCCCUUAUGGCAGCAUCUGAGUACUGCGAGUUCAAAUCAUGUCCAAGCUGUGGGUCCUAUGUUGAGCGAGAAGACCUUACCAACCUCUGUGUGAAAUGCACCAUCUGCACAUCUGUAAAAAAGAACAUCUACCACUUCUGCUGGCAGUGUAUGAGAGAAUGGAACGGAGCAGCUGUUCUUUCGGUCCGCUGUAGUUACGAGGACUGUGUCAACCCAGAUGUUGAUAAGCUAACAAAAUGUACAGAUAUGAGGCUGCCUUAUGUGAACAAUGUGGAGUGUCCUGGCAUUCGUGCCUGCCCGACCUGCGGACUCCUUCUGGAACACAAUGGGUUCGCUUGUAAGAACCUUAUGUGUAAGCGCUGCAAGGUGGAGUUUUGCUUCCUUUGCUUAAAGCUGAAAAGUGUUUGCAAUCCGAUCCAUGGACCUUAUACUGUCUGCUCAGUUGCACCACGGCAGACUGAGAUUCCAGUUUGGAGGAGAUAACGUGUAAGAGACAUGAUUGAUUAACUUGGAAUAGAUACUGUGGUAAUUACAUCUAGCUCCUUAGCUUACUUUGAAAUAUUUUUAAAUGGCUGUUUAUAAUGAUUACUUCUGACAGGACACACCGUUGUUUCAACAGCAGUUUUUGUUUUCUAAAUUGGUAUAAAAAAUGUAAUUAAUACAGUGUGCAACAUGAAAUAACAAUGCUUUUCAGUUUAUAAAGACUUUUCAUCUGAAAUGUAUCUGAUGCUUUCAAGGUUUGAGGAAUUGAAUAAAUGUU